AUGGAGACUAGCCAGGCUCACAGAGGAUCAAUGAGAUCGAGUGCACACAAAAACGACGCGACAGGAAAUGGAAGGCCGGCUCCCCUUUUGGCGGAACCCAGAUACGGCGCCGCGCCCCAGCCAUACGGAUCCACGCCACAGGUAACUUUCCCCCCGGGUGCUGGCCACGAUCGUUACGAGGAGAAUUUCAAUGGACCAGCAACGUAUGCAGAGCCGUACGUUGAGCGUUAUGGUAUUAAGAGUGAGUUUGGCGGUCGAGAGCCGUUGCAUCCCACGCCACCUCGGCCUGGUUACGUGCCCACCUUGGGACAGACACCGCCUUCCAGCACACAGGGAUCCGUGAUGAUGGUGUACGGCCUGCAGCCGGAUAAAGUCAACACCGACAAGCUGUUCAACUUGUUCUGCCUCUACGGAAACGUAACGAAGGUGAAGUUCUUGAAGACGAAAGAGGGCUGUGCCAUGAUCCAGAUGGGCGACAGCAUAGCCGUGGAACGGUGUUUACAGAAUCUGAACAACGUGACUAUCGGUACGGACGGCAGGUUGCAGCUCGGCUUCUCGAAGCAAGCCUUCCUCUCGGACGUCACCAACCCCUACAUUCUGCCCGACAAGACAGCGAGCUUCAAGGAUUUCACGGGAAGCAAGAAUAACAGGUUCCUAAAUCCAGCAAUGGCCAAUAAGAAUAGAAUACAGCCACCCUCGAAGAUAGUCCACUUUUUCAACACUCCCCCGGAUUUAACCGAAGAGACAGUGCAUCGUGUGUUCGUGGAGCGUGGCAUCGAGGCGCCGACGACAGUGAAAUUGUUCCCCCUUAAAUCGGAACGAUCGUCGUCCGGCCUCAUCGAAUUCAGCAGCGUCGGAAUCGCGGUAGCUGCGAUCAUGGAAUGCAAUCACACAGCAUUGGAAAACAGUAACGGCAAGUUCCCAUACAUCAUGAAGCUGUGUUUCUCUUCGUCGCGCACCAUACCCACGAGUUUCCCGCCAAGCAGCGGCAGCACGUCGAGCAAUUCCGCCGGUAAUGGCCACGUCAAAAUGCAGCAGGACUCGGAAUAGAACGGCGAGGUCCAGGGCCAGCAGCGUCAGCGUCAGCGCCAGCGUCCCUCUCUCGCCCUGCACCCGUUGUGUGCCCCGACGGGCACGGCCCUGCACCCAGCCGCAGCGAUUACACUCUCCCCGGUCUUACCGCCGCCUGUGCCGCCCCCCUUGCCGCCCACCUGCGUCCUGAUCGCCACCCCGACUCUGUAUCCUACAGUGCCACCGCCGCCACCACCUCCGCUGCCUACGUUCUGGCCGUACUGAUGAGAGGAGCAGCGGGCCUACUCGCCGGACGUGGUAGCAACUGAUAAAAACCGCCACCUCGUCCUCUUCAUCUUCUUCAAUUUCUUCGACUUCUCCUCCUCCUCCUCCUCCUCCUGCUGCUACUCCUAUUCCUCCUCUUCCUCGUCGCAUGGUGACCACCUGGCAAGGAUCAGACGCUGGUCGCUGGAAGAAUUUCCGGUUCCGUUCGAGGGUCAGCGGGGCGGAGAAUCUUGGCCACGAGAGUUGAGGAGGACGAACAACGAUCUGGCUGGAAGAUUCUCGUAUGGAAAGAUGAUCGCGGCGGCGACGUCGACCACCGGAUCAUCGUUGUCGACAAGGUGUAACGUGGCAUGGGUGGUGGGCUGCUCGAAGGUCAUCGAGGAUCGUCUGUUUAGCCGGAAAUGGAAAAGUCAAGGCGAAAUAACCGAGAGGCAGCGAUAUUUUGUUUCUUUUUUUCUCUUUUUUGCCAACCUGAUCAUCGGUUACACGUACACCACUACUACUACCGCUACUCUUCUUCUUCUUCUUAUUGCUAUUAUUAUUAUUAUUACUAUUAUCCAUAUUAUUUUUGUUCGUUCGUUACACCUGUUUCGUCACUUUUUAAUUAUUCACUCACCGCUGUUA